CUGGAACACAGCAACUGAAGGGCAGCAACCUCGGCCCACCUCUCCGGCAACAUGGACCCACAGACGGGGCUGUCCAGGGCACUCUGGCUGCUUCUGUUCCUUCACCUGUCACUGCUAAAAGGUUGUCCCACAUUGGACCUGUCUCAAGAUGACAACAGAAGUGAAAAGGAGCCACUGGCCUGUAUUCCGGAGCCACGGAGGGCCCUGGAGCCCCUGCAGCACAGUUCUGAAGGACACAGUUCUGAAGAAGCCUGGAAGACCAAGGAGGCAGCUUCUGCUGGUGGCCUUGGGCCUGGUGACAACAUCCUCCCCACCCCAAGGGAACCACAAAGCCCCAAGAAGAUGCCCGACUCCAGCUGCUUCGGGGGGAGGAGGAUGGAUCGGAUCGAGUUCAGUGGCUUGGGCUGCAAGACUGCAAAGACCGAGGCCCAGAUCCCCAAGGCAGCUGCAGUCCUGCUUGCAGAGGAGGAAACUGGGCCACAGUGUGAUGGAGGACACGCCAAUGAUCCAGACCAGCAGAGGACGAGCGUGGGGACUGAGGAGCCAAUUAUAGGAAGUCCCAGCGAUGGACCGAUUUCCUGUCAACUGCCUGGUCCCCUUUGAAGCGCCUCCUAUUUAUUUACUAUAUUUUUAAUUGGAUUGCUCUAUAUAAGCCAGUUCUUACCUUUGAGCACA